UUACUGCAGAAUUGUAAUUGUAAAUACAUGUUGGUGAUAGUUUGGACGUUUAAACUGCGGAGCUGUUUCCUCAGUAAAGAUGUGAAUCCUUCGUCCAGUUUGUUUCUGACUGUCACAGUAAAAGUCUGGACUGAGUUGGACUGCCGGGUCCACAGAUCACUGAUGGUGAUCAAUGACUUCCCCUGAUAAGAACCUGAUACAAGUGUUGAGUCGAAGGUCUCGUCCUUCACAGCAGCACAUCAGCAGAUCCCUAUCACAUUUACAUAUUAACCUGGAGCUACAGGUGUGCUGCUCAGGUACAGUCAGUCAGUCUGUGCGAAGAUGAAGAUGAGGCUGGAGCUCUUCCUCGUCCUCACGGCGGUGAUCAGUGCUGCUGGAAAGCCGCUCAGCAAGGCAGCAGCCGGGAACAAGCUGCUGCUGAUCUCCUUCGAUGGCUUCAGGUGGGACUACGACCAGGACGUGGACACGCCGAACCUGGACCAGCUCGCUGUGGACGGGGUCAAGGCCAAAUACAUCACCCCCCCGAUGCUGACCAUGACCUCCCCCUCCCACUUCACCACCAUCACUGGCAGAUGGGUGGAGGAUCACGAAGUCGUCCACAACAUGAUGUUCAACACCAAGACCAACCUGAAAGUUCCUCACAAACAGACUCUGACCAGAUCAGAGUGGUGGGACAACGGAGUCCUGCCGUUAUGGAUCACAGCUCAGAACCAGGGUCUGAAAACUGCUUCCUUCCACUUCCCCGGAGGUGGUGCCAAUUACAGCGGCCAGGCGGUGAACCGGGUGAAGGUGGAGGCCUUCAACCCGGACGACAACGAGACAGAGUGGCAGCAGAACAUCGACACUGUGAUGAACUGGUUCUCCAAGGAAGACUUCAACCUGGUGACGCUGUACUACGGCGAGCCCGACCGUGUGGGCCACGCCAAGGGCCCGGACCACCCGGACAGGAAGACGAUCAUCCGGCAGAUCGACCGUACCAUCGGCUACCUGAGGGAGGCCAUCGAUCUGCAUAACCUGACUGACAGCCUGAACGUCAUCAUCACCUCCGACCACGGAAUGACCACCAUCAAGAAGCGGCCGCAGGUGGACGAGAUCAUCCUCAACAAGUACCUGAAUUUAAUCAAGCUCGCCAGCUUCGAGAUCCUGGACUACGGCGGGUUCGGCAUCCUGACGCCGCGGCCGGGGAGGGAACAGGAGGUUUUUGAGGCUCUGUCCAACGCACCCAAUCUGACGGUCUACAAGAAGAACCAGAUUCCAGAGAGCUUCCAUCUCGCCAAAAGUGAGCGGCUGCCUCCGAUCGUGGUCGUGGCAGAUCUGGGAUUCAACCUGAACUCUAGAUUCAUUGUCUAUGUCAACAAAGGAGACCACGGCUUCCACAACGGAGAGAUGGACAUGAAGACAAUCUUCAGGGCCUUCGGUCCCGCCUUCAGGAGGAACUUCCUGUCUGAGCCGUUCGACAGCGUCCACAUCUACCCUCUGAUGUGUAAACUGCUGCAGAUCGACCCGGCGCCACACAACGGCUCACUGAGCGUGACCGAGGAGAUGCUGCUGCUGCACGGCGGUGGAUCUCGCAGAGCUUCAGUGUCUGUCACUCUGAUGCUGCUGAUGAUGCUCAUGUUCGCUGCACUGUAA